AUGAAAUCUAUACUGAGGUCUCUACGCGCGAGUUCGCAUAAGGAAGCCUGUGGUCUUCUUGAUGAUGUUGCUAAGGGAAGCUGGAAGACUAUCAAUGCUCCUACUUCGCCUAUUGCAAAGCUUCGACUACUUGUCCUUUGGAUUGCGCGAUCUCCCCAGCGAAUACAGAAGUGGGAUAAUCGGCCUGGCUGUACAAAAGCUAUUAAUUACGAUGUUGACACUCGAUGGAACUCUACCUUUGUUAUGAUUGAGAGAGCCGAAGAGUGUCGCCGGCAGCUCGAAGAUACGGUCAACGACGAGCCAGAUAUUGAAGCCUUGCGUCUCACACAUGACGACUGGAGACAACUCUCAGAUAUCAAAAAAAUCCUGACUCCCUUCAACGAAUAUACUGAGUACGUCUCUCGAGACAGUCCUUUAAUUCAUAUGGCGGCGCGUAUGUUUGAAGAGCUCCGUUCUAUACUCCUCGCUAUUAAGGAACGACGAGGCGAGUGGCAGAAAACCUCGGCAGCAAUAACCAUUUCUGUUUCCGACGGAAUCUUACUCCUGGAGAGGUACUACGACUGUGUUAAAGACAACGAUAUAUACUAUAUCGCAAGCAUUCUGGAUCCUCGAAUUAAGACCAAGUGGCUCAAAACGCUACUAGAUGGAGACAAGAUUAUCGACCGAAUCAGGGCGUUCCUGAAGAAAGCAUAUCACACCCCGGAACAGCCUGCAUCGACUGCUCCAAGCACCAAUUACAAGAGCUUCGAAUAUCGAUUUUUGGAGGCCUUUCAGCCAACGCAGUGUAACGUCGCUGAGUCAGAUAUCGACCAGUAUUUCGAUACUCCUACAAUCAGCACUGGUUUCGAAACAAGCCAGAGCCAGACUGAAUUUAUACGGGACUGGUGGAAGGCCAACAGGCUUGAAUUUACUUGUAUGGCCAAGGCAGCACAAGAUCACCUUGCUAUACCAGCAGCGGAGGUAGAUAUAGAGAGAUUAUUCAAUGGCGGGAGAGAUGUACUGGGAAUUCGACGUUUCUCUAUGAAAGGCAAGACUCUUGGGACCUUAAUAAGGCUGAAAGAUGCUGCACGUUGGAAGUCUGAAUAG